CUUGUAUGUCUAGGAUUGGACGACAGCCUCAAGUGGGUGGCAGAAGAAAACUUCUAAAUGAACAACAAGAACGAGAAAUAUGCAACAUGGUCAUUGCAAAUAAUGCCAUCACACUGAGACAGAUUCGUAAUGCAAUCCUGCUAGACAAUGUAAUGUUCCAAAAUAUAAACUCUAUCAGCAUCUCCACAAUAGACCGGAUAUUGAAGAAACAUCAGAUGACCAUGAAACAGAUUUACAGGGUACCACUUGAGAGAAACUCUGACAGAGUGAAAGGGCUGCGGUACCAGUAUGUGCAUAGAAUAAUGGCAUUAGAAGGCAACGAAACCCCUCACAUCCUAGUGUUCGUUGAUGAAGCUGGCUUCAACCUGGCCAAAGGUCGAAGGCGUGGCCGUAACAUCAUUGGCCACCGAGCCACUGUGGAUGUCCCAGGCCAGCGAGGAGCAAAUAUAACAAUGUGUGCCGCUAUAUCAGAAAGAGGUGUGGCCACACACAUUCCCAGUUUAGGGCCCUACAAUACACAAAAGCUCCUCAAUUUUUUGGACCACCUUUAUACUGAUCUGAUCCCAGAAAAUGAGAGAGGUGUAGAAGGACCUCAGCUACCACAUUAUGUCAUUGUGUGGGAUAAUGUGAACUUCCACCGCGGCCCACGCAUCAGAACCUGGUUCACCACCCAUCCCUGGAGUUUCUUCCACCUUACUCUCCUUUCCUAAAUCCAAUUGAGGAGUUUUUUUCAGCUUGGAGGUGGAGGGUGUAUGAGCAUCAGGCUCAAGACCAGAGGGCCCUGCUGCAUGCAAUGGAUGCUGCAUGUGAGGACAUCACAGGGGAUCAAUGUAGGGGAUGGUUGAGACAUUCACGCCGUUUCUUCCCUCGCUGCAUCGCACGAGAAAAUAUCCGUUGCGAUGUGGAUGAGAAUUUAUGGCCUGACAGAGAGCAGCGCGUCGAUGGCCAGGAGGAUGAGGAUGGUGGCCAGGAAAGAGAGGGUGACAAUGGCGACCACUGAAAAUAUUACUGUACUAUAGUUCUGAAACUUUAUUUACAGUAUGGUAGGCUAGAGUUUUUUUUGUUUUUUGUUUGUGUUUAUAACUGUUCACAUUUACAGAAUCCUGUAUAUGUUUUCUUUUCACAGUAUGUUCUCUAAUGUUAACAUUUCUUUGUACGAAUAAAAAUGUUUACAGUUUCCUUGAGUAUGAGUGGUUUAUUGGAGGCUGAUUUUACUGUAAAAUCUUUUGGUUUUAUUCAUAGUGGUAUUCUGUUGCUAGACCUGUGCCUCAGUGACAAAACGUCUAAGCAUUUUGACUUGCAGUGCUUAAACAAUGCCAAAGGUAUAAUGCAUUUUGGGGGCAUUGACUAUUUAUAUGGGAAGGAUAUUUAGUUUUGACACAUGGAUAAACUCUUUUGGGAGAGAUAUGA